UAUUAGUUGGAUUUAAGCAAAACACCAAGGAAGGAAUAGGCCAAAUUACUUUUGAUGCCUCCUCCCCUCUCCCCUGCGCUCGCUUCCGUCUCUCCACGCCUCUCUGCCUCUCGCCUCCCUCUUCCAUGAACCAGCCUGUCAGUUAGCGCGCCGGUUGACACCGGACUGAUUGAACGUGACACAAUCAGAUUGCUCUCCGCGAAACUGUAACCGUUUGGCGGAUAUCAAGUUUUCUUCAGUUCAAACAUUAUCUGUGUCGCAAACACUGUGAUUUCGGUAAAUUUUUAUUUUGUUUGAGGAACAUGGUUGUUUUGCCUGUUGUUACAAUUUUUCUGGUUAUGAUGCGUUUUGUGUUUUCCUUGUUCCCGCUGGUGAAGCAGCCACGAGUUCAAAGGAGGGCAGAUUUGUGCCUCAGCCUUUUCUAACCGGUGACGACUGAAACGAAGUGCGAUCAAACGACUCCAGCUGUGCCCAUUGACGAAGACCUCUGCGCCGCGACACGCAGCGGCUCGAGCUCCAGCUGGAUUUAGCGCUCAAGCCAGCCUCCUCGACGCGCUGGUCUGCGCCCCGAGAACGAAGUUGUGUCCAGCGCACCGACCUUAGCCGAUUUCCGCCCGUCGUUGAUCCGACGCAGCCCAACCCUGGAUUCAAUACUUUUAAUCAAUGGACAGAGCCUCCUCAACGGCCAGCAGAGGUACAGACACGCCAUAAGCAGUCUGAUGAUCCCAGUAUUCUGUGUGGUGGAGCAGGCAGGGCCGGACGGAGGGAUGCAGCGUGAGGAGGUGGAGAGGAGCGAGGGCCACAGGGAGGAGCAUGCUGAGUUUGUCCUGGUCAGGAAAGACAUCCUCUUCAACCAGCUGGUGGAGACGGCCCUGCAGGCCAUGGGGUACUCCCACAGCUCUGCUGCUCAGGCCCAGGGCAUCAUCAGGGUGGGCCAUUGGAACCCUCUGCCCAUCCACUUCCUAACAGACGCUCCUGAAGCCACAGUGGCUGACAUGCUGUUGGACGUCUAUCACAUGGUCACUCUCCACAUACAGCUACAGAGCUUUGCCAAGCUGGAGGAUCUUCCGUCAGAGCAGUGGAACCACGCCACGGUGAGGAACGCUCUUAAGGAGCUUCUCAAGGAGAUGAACCAAAGCACACUGGCUAAGGAGUGCCCACUGUCACAGAGUAUGAUUUCCUCGAUAGUAAACAGCUCCUACUAUGCCAAUGUCUCCACUGCCAAAUGCCAGGAGUUUGGACGUUGGUACAAGAAGUAUAAGAAAAUCAAAGGAGAUUAUCAGGAGAAGAUGUGGCCAGGAAGAGAACAUUCUGAAAUCAAAGUGGAGAGAGACAGCCUGGCAGACUUCUAUGUCCUGGGCCAGCGUCCCCCUCCCCACCUGGCCAGCCUGAUCCAGCUCAGCCACCUCAGAGGGGGUGGAGGUGCUCUCCUCAAGGGUGGCUCCGGGGACCCCCAAAACCCCUCCCAACCCUCCCAACAACAACAACAAUCCCAACAACAACACCCCCCCUCGCCCCAUGGCCAGCACCACAACAGCCCCCCUCUACGUGGCCAGAUCCCCCCUCCCGGCCCUCCAACCUCCCUCCAACCUCUCCUCGGCCCAGGCGGGCUUCUCUCCCCCCAGCUCAGCCCUCAGCUGGUUCGACAGCAGCUAGCCAUGGCUCACCUCAUCAACCAGCAGCUAGCUGUUAGCCGCCUGCUAGCCCACCAGCAUCCACAGGCCCUCAACCAGCAUUUCCUCAACCACCCUCCUAUCCCUCGCCCUUCCAAGGCAGGGGCCCCUGGGGACCCUGGGAGCAACCCGUCUGCUGCGGAGGUCUCCAUUGAUAUCUACCAGCACGUCAGGGAUGAACUGAAGAGGGCCAGCGUCUCACAGGCUGUGUUCGCCCGCGUGGCCUUCAACAGAACACAGGGCCUGCUGUCGGAGAUUCUGCGGAAGGAGGAGGACCCUCGCUCUGCCUCUCAGUCCCUGCUGGUCAACCUCAAAGCCAUGCAGAACUUCCUCAUCCUCCCUGAGGUGGAGAGAGACCGUAUUUACCAGGAGGAGCGUGAGCGCAGCAUCAACCCCUCUGUCGGCCUGCCCCCUACCCCUACCCCCAGCCCCGGGGGCCCCCGCCUCUCUCAGGAUCUAUUUAGACCGACCAUCACUAACCAUGUCCCAUACCACCUCAUGCAGAAGGUGUGGGAGAGAGGUCUGGACGAACAGCUCACUCCUGAUGCCUGGGCUGCUAUCUGGAAAAACAAGACCAAAGCCUCCUCUGUGCCCAAGCCACCAGGCCCCAACCCAGACCUGCCCCUGAAGCUGGAGUCUCUGGUCAACAUCACGUCAGGUAUCUAUGAUGAGAUCCAUCAGGAGAUGAAGAGGGCCAAGGUGUCUCAGGCGCUGUUCGCCAAGGUGGCUGCCAACAAGAGCCAGGGCUGGCUGUGUGAGUUGCUGCGGUGGAAGGAGAACCCUAGCCCAGAGAACCGUACUCUGUGGGAGAACCUGUGUACCAUCCGGAGGUUCCUGACCCUGUCCCAGACAGAGAGGGACAUGGUGUAUGAAGAGGAGUCAAGGCACCACCACAGUGAGAGAGUCCACACUGUACUACACCUGCCCCAAGACCCACAGUUGUACUGUUUUUCUCACCAGGCGCUGCACAGGCAACUCCCACAGCCCCUGAAGCACCACUCCCCCAUGCGCGAGGACCCCGUGCCCGCCCAGGGUAACGAGGAAGGGUCACAGAACGUUGAAAGAGGUGGUGGUGGGGGUGGCUGCACGGGCGGCCCAGGAGUCGGUGGUUCCAUGGUCGUUAAGAAGCCUCGGUCGCGCACUAAGAUCUCUCUAGAAGCCCUGGGCAUCCUGCAGAGCUUCAUCCAAGACGUGGGUCUGUACCCCGACCAGGAAGCCAUCCAUACCCUGUCAGCCCAGCUGGACCUGCCCAAACACACCAUCAUCAAGUUCUUCCAGAACCAGCGCUACCAUGUCAAGCACCACGGCCGGCUGAAGGAGCUGGGGGAGGGGGCUGGCGGCGUGGACGUCAGUGAAUACAGAGACGAGGAGCUCCUCUCCAGCUCAGAAGACCCUGAGUCCAGUGAGGAUGGUCACGAGGAGAUGUACCCCACUACUGAGAGGGAAGGAGGGGAGAGAGAGAGCAACGCAGCAGGGUCAGCCUCUUCCCUGGCCCCAGCCCCAGGCCAGUCUUCAGUGACCAGUAUGGGAGCCAUGGAGGAGAGCAAGGACAAGGGGCAUUCUCAUGGUCUGGGUGGGGGCCGAGCCAGCUCCCUGCCCCCUAGUAGCUCCUCAUCCAGUCCCAGAGAACAGGCUGACUUCCAGAGAUAGAGACCCAGAGGCUAGAUGAGACACUGGAAGAGAUGGGCGGAGACAUGAGAGACAUGAGAGACAUGAGAGAGAGAGAGAGAGAGAGAGAGAGAGAGAGAGAGAGAGAGAGAGAGAGAGAGAGAGAGAG